ACAGAAAGGAAGUAAAAUUUCCAGGCAUUAUGGAUGCUUCCCAGUUGAUGCAGAUGAUUUUGGAUUUACAGUGGUACCAACGUAAUCACGUUGUAUGCUUUUCUUAGCAGUUAUCAUAAGACAAGCAGUAGUUAGGGUAUGGCAGAUAAUCGGAUCUUCUGAGUUUUACAAGGCAGAGAUGAUGAGUGGUCAGGAAUUUUGGAUCAUUCCAAGGGAAUUAUUGACAUCACAGACCGUGGAAUCCAGGAAUGAUAGAAAAGAGAAAUUAAGGUAAGGAUAUGGAGAUCUGGCAUCACUUCGAUCUUGAGGAACAGGUAUCUAUUUUAUGAGUGUUUGAGUAAAUACCAGAAAUCAGGAGUUUGUGGUGGGUGAAUAUGUAUUCUGAAUUAUUUAUUUUUGAACAUGACCAUUUGGGUUGAUGGAAACAUCUGGGAUAUGAGAGUGAGUCACUACGAGUGGGGUGGAUGAUAACUUCACUACUGAUUUAAGCUCUAAUGGAGCUAUGAACACCAAGUGGUCAAUGGGUUAAUCAAAUGAAUAGUCAUAUAGUACAGAAGAAUGGUGGGAUUUGGGAUUUAGAGAAAGACUGGGGACUGUGUGUCCUGAGAGGGAUCACCAGGGCUUUUGUGGUUGAGAGUGACAAGGACAAAAAGAGAAUAAAGUCAUACUCAUAAAGGAGAACAUCUACAAGAUGGGGGAGAAGAAAUGACCUGCAGUAGUCCUGAAUUUUGACCUCGAGCUUUCUAUUCUUGACCCAAAUCUCUUUGAUGAUGUGCUGGGACACAGGUCAGAUUAAUCCCCACAGGGAGAGGAGGAGGGUAGAAGUUAAAGACAUCUGAAGAAUUGUCCUGAGACGGCAGGCUUCAUUUGUCACUUUGAUCCAAUUCCAUGAUUUAUUUUGAUAGGGUAAGAGGAAAAGAAGUAUGAUGGUGACGUGUUCACAGAGGAAGCAACAUGGUUUUGGAAAUCAGUUCAAACCAAAGUCUGGUUUGAGCAUCUCCAUCCCUUUGAGGAUGUCCAGUUAUAUAUUCAAGAGGCCAGUUACUAGACUCACACCCCAUCCUGGCAAUGAGGUCAGAUACCAUCAAUGGGAGGAAACGUUGGAGCAGCCCCAACAACUCUGCUGGCAGAAGAGACUGCAAGGUCUCCAGGCCUGCAGCAGUGCAGGAGAACUGUUAAGUCCUUUGGAUCUUGCCAAAGCCCUGCCGAACCUUGCACCUAGUUGCACAGGUGCAUCCCUGCCAGGUGUGCUCGCAGGUGGUCUGAACUCCAGUCCCAUGCCCACCCCUGCCUGGUCUUCAGAUUCGGCAGAGAUGAUCCCAGGAGCUGGUGUUUACAUCCCACAGCUCCUUUGCAAACAACUUCUGGUGACUGAGGAGGAUAUCAGGAAACAGGAAGGGAAAAUGAAGACGGCAAGAGAGAGACUGGCGGUAGCACUGAUGCAGACAGACUCGCUAGCGAGGCAGGGAGAGUGAGGGGCCAAG